CAGUAGAUGACAAGCAACCAGUGUGUUUCUUCCCUGUCGAGAGACAUGGCUCUUAUCCUGAGGAUGACCCUGCUGCUGGGUAGUGUUAACUUUAUUCAUUGUUUGCCAUCCAAUGUUACCUGCAUGCCAUGUGUAUGCACCGUAAUUGCAAAGGAUUGGAUCAUCGCCAACUGUUCGAACAAAAUGUUGAACAGGGUUCCCCAAACCAUCCCAUCCACUGUUUCAACUCUCCUUAUGUCUAACAACAGCAUCAACCUGGCAGCACGAUCUUUUGGCAGGUUCUCUUUCAUGGAAUACCUGGAUCUGUCUGACAACGCCCUGACUUCUCUGAAUGUUGAUGGUUUUGUAGGAGCUGCAAAUCUGAAACGCUUGAACCUUCAUGGGAACAGGAUUCUUCUGAACAGCACAAGUUACCCAAAGGGAGCUUUUCGACAACAGAAAAAGCUGCAUACUUUGGAUAUUGCUGGAAAUACCAAGGACUUAGAUGCAAAGUACCCUGAUGAAUGUCUGGGCGAUUUGGUGGCUCUUCAGACACUGAUCAUUGAUGGUGUAAAGAACGCCAUAUUUGGUGAAGGAUUUGCGAAACUAAAGAAUCUCACAACUCUUAUUUUGUCAGGAAAACGGGGACAUUGUUCGAUUUAUACACUUUAUAAUGAAUCGUUCCUGAAUACUCCCAAUGUAAGGCACCUGGAUAUCAGCCACUGUGAUGUUUCAUUUAUUGAAACCAACGCAUUUUGGCCAAUGAGGAACAUAAAUAUGCUUGACCUUUCUCACAAUCAUGGUCUUGGCUUGGAAACACUUGGUAACUCUCUGUUCGGGCUGCAGUUUUCACCUCUGAGGGUUUUGAAGUUUAACAGCAUCGUGAAACCAUUUGCUAUCGGUGUUGAAUUGAAAGGAGAUCAUUUACGAUAUAUGGACAAUUUGAAUCUUACAGAAUUACACUGUGACGCAAACAGAAUUGAGCUUUUGGACACACAUUGUGCCGAAAAACUACGCAAAGUUCAAAUCGUAUCAGCAAAGAGUAAUAGGUUCACAUAUGGACCUUAUUUAAUACACCUUUGGGCAAUGACAAAUCUUCGUAAAAUAUAUCUGAUGAACCAGUAUCCAUCAGACCCAUUACCACGUUACAAGUCAGUCCAUGGUGAAAGAACUCAUUUGAUGCCUAUGAAUAGUGUGAAGAUUGAAUUGACACAACAGCCAGCAACUUCCCAACGUCCUCCGCAGCAAAGACCUGUUCCUCAUGACGACAUUAACAUUGUCAGCUUUCAAACCGAGAACAAUUCUAGGGUAGAUGAACAGUUACAAAAGAAUAUGAUGUCAGUUGAAGUCACUGAAACAGAGACACUUCACAAGUUCCUUGUAAUCAUACCUCCCAAUGUCACAUUUGUAAAUUUAAGCUAUAGUAGGUUGGAUUAUUCCAUUAAUGAAAUAAGAUUCCAACCCAAUCAAGUAAAGGUACUGGAUUUGUCACGGAACAGCUUUACAGGAUUGGUAGGUCCUAUUCAUGGCGUCGAUUCUCUUGAAUUCCUUGAUCUCACUGAUAAUAACUGUAAGUUACUUUCCCCUACGCUCUUGAUGUACGCAUCUUCCCUAAAAGUCCUUAACAUAAGUAAAAAUUACCUAUAUCAAUCACUUAAGUCGGAUAUGAAUGGUCACAUAUUUUUCAACCUAACAAAUUUAGAAAUACUGAGCAUUUCCAAUAAUCUCAUUCUUGAUUUACCAUUACCUAUAUUCCAAAGACUUAACAAUCUACAGAUUCUUGAUUUGAGCUGGAACAUGAUGGAGGCAUGGACUGUUAUGAUCAGCCACAUGUCGUUUCUCACCUCUUUGGAUUUGUCAAACAAUAGAUUUGAGUAUGUCCCAAAAUAUCUUACAGAUCAAAUUAGUCAUAUAAUGAACUUGAGAAAUGACACAUUUCACUUGAACAUCCAGGGCAACAAUCUAGUAUGUGAUUGCAGUACACUUGAGUACUUAGAAGCACUAUCGGAGUCCCGCAUUUCCAUCGACAGACCUGAUGAUACGAGGUGUCGGUUAAACAAUGGAGAAAGAAUGAAAUUUAACAACAUUGAAAACAUUGUAUGGAGGCUGCAGAAACAGUGUAAAACAGUUGUUCCAUUGUUAGCCGCAACACUGUCUGGAGUUGUAGCCUUCAUGCUGAUAGUUGCAGCUGGUAUAGUUUACCGUUAUCGGUGGAAGCUACGUUACCUGUACUACACUACAAGACGCAAAUACAGGGGAUACCAGAGACUAGGGGAAGGGGAGGACAAUUUCACCUACGAUGCUUUUGUUUCAUAUGCUGAUGAAGACAGAGGGUUUGUUGUAGAGGACAUGCGUAACAUGCUUGAGCGACACCAUGGCUUGAGACUCUGCAUACACCAUCGGGACUUCAUGGUUGGGGAAGCCAUAACUGCCAACAUCAUGAACGCGGUUCAGUCGAGCAGGAAAACCAUCGUUGUCCUGUCUUCUAACUUCCUGAAAAGUAAAUGGUGCGACUAUGAGGUCCACAUGGCCAAGCUGGAGAGCAUACACACCGGAAGGGACGUCCUGUGUGUCGUGUGGUAUGCUGAACUGCCUGACAACAGUAGUCUGAGUCAAGACUUGCAGGAUGAGAUUCAGUAUGGUACCUAUAUCAAGUAUCCAACAGCUGAGGAUGAGAAAUUAGAGUUCUGGGAGAACCUCAAGGCAGCAAUAAGUUAUUAAACAUUCCUAACUCAAAGCUGUCAACUGUCAACAGUGUGAGAAAACAUACUUUUGAAUUUAUGCACCGUCUUAGUUCCAAGGUAUCACGAGACACACAAAUGACACAUCUUGAAUGUGUUGAUGUACCAUGGUGUGCACACAAUCACAAAGCUUAACAUGUUUAUAACAUGUAUGUAAAUAACAUAAACUGAUAUAAUCUAUAUAUUUUUAUUCAAUGUAUAUUUUUAACAUUUGGUUGCAAUCAGUUCAUCUUUAUAACACUAGAGCUAUAUUGAUGUACGCUGGUAUCAUAUUUACAUAUAUUCAUAUUACAUUAACGUGGUGGCACGUGGUCACAAAUCGGGUGAAGUUAACAAACGUCGGUCACGGAGAGUCCUUGGAUGGGUGACCGCCUUCGGCAGGCUUCGGUUCUGAAGCACAUGUAGCAUAUGUGGUGUCGCCUUGCGCGAGUGAUUUUGUUCGAAUUGUGCCUCUAUCAACCCAGCAGUGAAUGAGUACCCGGUAGGAUGAUAUGGUAAAUAUGGCAUAUAUGGUAAUGUGGUUGUUAAUCUUCUAGCGCCCAACAGGUAGCUUUGGUUGUAUACUCCACAGGGAGCUGAACAUGAUUGUUCAAUGCACACUGAUCCAUUGACCGGGGUAAUAAAUGUCUGUUCGCUUAGAGUAUGCUUAUGCAUGGAGUACAGCGGCAUAUAAAAUGGACUACUACUACUACUACUACUAUUAUGAUGAUGGUGAUGAUGAUGAUGAUGAUGAUGAUGACUUGUUAUAGUGUGUGAGAAUAUGUGGAGACCAUUUCUGGUGUCCCCCCGCCUUGAUAUUGCUGGAGUGUUGCUAAAAGCUGGCAUCAGAUCACUCACUCAGUCACGAAUAAAGUGAGUUAGUGAGUCAUGGUACGUCGUAUCAGCUUGAUGUGAGGAAAAAGCCCGAAAGGGCAGGUCGUUUAGUUGAAACCCACAAGCGGGGUGCUAACAACGAGAAACACAAUCAGAGCGAACCCGGGUUACGAACCACUCUUUCUUGUUCGCCUAAGGGACGCAACUCUGCAUGGCCCGUGUCUUACAUGUAAAGAGGUAAUGGGACGUGUGAGUUACUACAAAGCCUUUUGUUAGUAUCAGGGGCUUGUGUUUUGUAAUUGUAACUGCAGCCAGACAUAAUAUUACUAAUCACGAUGUAUUCAUACGUAUGCAAUUAUUAUUUUCGAGUUGACUGACUUUUUCAUGGUCGUAUAUUUGUGUUUCACGCAUUUGCUUUAUGAUUCUGAAAAACGUAUUCAUGAUGGGUCGGAAUCGUACACUGCUUUUGGGACAGAUUUCUUAUAAUUAGGGAAAUAUUUUUGUCGCUUUUAAUGUAUAAAAAUUAUUUGCUUUUUUCGUUAAUAUUUAAAAUACGUUUACCCUUAAUGGUAGAAGUUUGGUCACGGAAACCAUUAGUAUUGUGAAGUAAAUAUAUUGAGGCUUUCAGGUACGUUGAGUAAGUUUUUAAAUCAGAAGAAAGAAUUUAUUCAGCACAACCAGACCGCCUGCGUGUGUCAUGUUUAGCCACAACUUAUAAGUGUUUCAAAAUUUAGGUCAACAUUUUAUUUUUACCCAUCUCGAUGUAUCAUUAAUCAGUCUCCCUCUGAUGCAUGUACAUGUAGAAAUCUUGGAAUUUAGGUGCUUCAUGCAAUGAUUUUGAGAAAAUGUAAAUUGCAUGAACAUAACAUGUAUUACUCUCUCCAUCUCUCAAAUGUGACAUUUUUCAGCACAUGCGAUGGCCUCCUCGCAUUUCUUGAAUAAACCACUUCUUCUACAA